AUGAGCGCCGGAAAGUGUGAAGUCUGUCUCGAGGAGAACCCCAAGCUCGUCACCUGCGGCCGCUGCGGUAAUCGCAAGUAUUGCGGUGCCGCUUGCCAGAGGAAGGACUGGCCUACCCAUAAGCACGCAUGCCAGCCUAAGAAACAGCCCUCUUGGAUCCUCAAGAUCACCAUUCCUGACUCCAGAGAGCCCCAGAUCUGGCGCACCUUGGUCUGCCCUGAUGACGCCACUUUCCAGGAGCUGCACUAUGCCAUCCAGAUUGCCUUUGGCUGGGCAGCGGCACACAGCUAUGACUUUGUCGCUCGCGAUCCCACUGCCGACGAGCGUCCUGUCGACGAUAUCAGGGCUCUGAUCGCACGUCGUAUGGGUCAAGACGCGGGCGAGCAGAGAGACUUUGGUCCUCGCCAGAACUAUAUUCGCAUUGUCAACCCCAACGACAACAAACACAUUGACUCGCUGCACGCUUACGACCGUAAGCACUCUCAGACCCCCGAGAAGAAGGCAGACAAAGUCUAUGUCGGCGAGCAGUUCAACAAGAAGGAAUGGAAGAACGCAGAGUGGGAGUACAUGUACGAUUUCGGCGACAACUGGGGUCACGAGAUUGAGAUCGUUAGACGUGGCAACGUUGACGAUGCUUUCAAAUGCACUGAUGGCAAUGGUCAUGGUAUUGCUGAGGACGCUGGAAGUAUGCAUGGCUGGGAAGAGCUAAAGAACGCUUAUAGAGCUGCAAAGCCAACCGACGAGCAAAAGGAGCGCAUGCAUUGGUUCGAGAAUCUCGCUAAGAACUUUGACCCUGAGGGCUUGAAGGACAGAGAGAGUUAUGUUGAUUUGAGUCUCAUCAAUGCUCUUCUCAAGACCAGUAUGGAUUGCAUGGACUAG